AGCUGAAAAUGGCCUGCCAAACGAAUUCUGAUAUUUAUGAAACUACAGACAGCUGUUCUAAGCACAUCCUUUAAAAUCUGCUUAUUGCAUUAUUUAAUGUUGCAACACAGAGAUAAGUUCAGGUUGCUGAACAAAGUCCUGAAGUCAUGUUAACGUAGAGCAAUGCAACGUGCAAAGAGCACAGCGAUGCCACAAAAUUAUAAAAUAUGUGUAUUAAUUACCAUUGAUUUCACCAUGGUUCACAUGCUGGUGACAAAUAUUAAGCCUUUUGAUACCAUCUUAGGGUGCUCUCUCAAGAAAACAGCAACCACAUUUAAACACGCCUCCUCCUGAGAUGUUUACCGGAUUCUUUGUGCUUUAUAUGUUUUGGUGUGAAAUGUGGGGCAAUGCAAAGUCAGCCAAACAAAGAAGUGAAAGCCCAAAUAGGGUGCCAGGCAGAGUUUCUCUCACAGUGACACUGGCCCCCAAACAGCAGAGAAGUUCAGAGAAACCACUGAGGUCUGAAUUACAGGCAAAACUCAUAACAGCAGAGAUCCUGAAGACCUGCACUCAGAGGUAUGGGGAAAUUUGAUUCAACUACAGAUUUAGCAUCAUUUUUAGGCUCCACUUAUGAUUAUGAAUUCAAUUACACUGAUAUGGUCACCGAGGCCAACGUCACUGAGUUUGAAGAGCUGUGUGUAGCCAGCAAAGAGCAGGAGCUUACCAUUACUGCUGUCCAGACCACGGUCUUCCUCGUGGUCUUCUUCAUAGGUGUACUUGGUAACGGGCUGGUCAUUGCCACCUUUGCCCGAUACCGCCGUCUUCGUCUACGCUGCAUGACCGACGUCUUCCUGUUCUACCUGGCUCUGUCCGACAUGCUGCUUCUGCUGACUCUUCCGUUACAGACGGGAGAGACACUGACCGGCAGCUGGGAGUUCGGAGAGGGGCUGUGUAAGCUAAACCGCGGUAUGUACGCCAUCAACACCUAUGGAGGCCUGCUGUUGUUGGCUUGCAUAAGCGUUGAUCGCUAUUUGGUGGUUGUUCGCACCAGGGCCGUGCGGAAGAAGAGUUCUGGGACUCUGUUUUACAGCACACUGUCUGCGUUUGGAGUCGCAGUAACUUCUGUCUUCCUGAGCCUGCCAGACUUGCUCUUCAGCUCCGUGGAGAAUGACAUGGGUUCAGAAGUCCUCUUGUGCGAUAUGAAAGUUUGGGGUGAUGAAGUGCGUAAAUGGAAGCUGUGGGCCCAGAUGGCAAAGAUUGCAGGAUUCUGCAUCCCUUGCGUGGCGAUGGUGGUGUGUUACGGCGCGAUCGGACGCGUCUUGAUCAGUGCCGGUGGCAAAUGUUGGCGUAGACAGAGGACUUUGCUCCUGAUGGCACUUCUGGUGGUUCUUUUCCUCCUGUUCCAGCUUCCUUACACAAUGGUGCAUCUGAUUAAAAUAUUCACACCCACUCCGAAACACUGUGAAGAAUGGACCAAGUUCCACCUUCAGGAAAACAUAACGCGCAAUCUGGCCUACGUGAGGUGCUGCCUGAACCCUUUGCUCUACGCACUCGUUGGCAUCAGAUUCAGAAACGACAUUAUCAGGCUGUUGAUGGACACCGGGUGUAUGUGUGCCUGUGUGUCCUAUAUAAAGCCACAGCAUGACAACGGAAGCUCCGUUACACCAUCGUCUCCGGCUCCAACCAUACUUUCACCCUUCCCAUCUUCUUACCUGUCUGCCAAGAAAACACCUGCCCUGGACACACCUGCCGCAGACACAGCUGAAACGUUCAUUUUUCCAACACCCAUAUCUGGUAAAACGUCUUCAGUUAAAAGCUGGUGUCAUCAAUAAAUGCACAUUCGAUUAUCUGAAAUAAAUAAUGUCUCAUUUUAAAGGUAAUAAGUAUAGAAACCCAUUUACUGUUUGCCACAAGAAGAAGAAAAAAUCAUGCUUUGGUAAAACAAUUAUGAGAUUAAAAAUGUCAUAAUGUCAAAAUGUUCAUAUGAAAGUUUUAUAUCAAUAUUUUGAACUUGAACAAUGGAUAAGAGACAAAACUGCAUGUACACAAAAUAGCUUAUAUGCAAAACAGCUUUAUAUACAAUCAGCAGUAUAAAAAAUAUUCUAUGA